UUUAAACUGUACUCUUUGGAGCGAUUGUUCACUGAGGCGAUCUUUUCAGAUUCCUAAUUCAGGAGAGGACAGCUGACGUUGUGGAUGGAGGAGUCGGGUAGUCCUCGUUUCAGGAAGCUCCAUUUCCCUGUGGGCUUGUGGAUCAAUUCUCCUCGAAAACACUUCGCCAAGUUAGGAGCCAGAUGGCCCAGUGCUGCCUCAGUAAAAUCCAAUACCAGUUCGGAUGCCGCCUCCCUUCAUGAGACUCCCUCCGCCCCAGCCUCCACCCUCUCUCUCUCCACGCCCUCUCUGGCCCCGCCCUCUCCCGCCCCGUCCCCAGCCCCCGCUUUUCUCCGCCCCCGGCCAGCUGGACCUCAGUCUCGCGCCAAGCGUCUCUCCCACCUGUUCCUGCGGGGGCGCUCUAACAGCGACCGCGACAAAGCGGUAGGUGAACGGGAGAGGGAGGUGUGGUCGCACGCGGCCGCGCCCUCCUCACAUCACUACCUGCCUCCGGCCUCCAGCUCCGCCCCCGGACUUAUUAAGAUAUACGGAGAUGCUCUCUCGAGCGGCGCUAAUUAUCGUAGCCUGCUCGCUAACAUUAACUGCACCGCCAGGCAGCUCAUCACCCAGGUCAUCACUCGGUACACGGAGAGAGAAAGAGAGAACGAGAAUGAUGACACAGCCCUCCAGAAACAUUCCCCCGAGGACUUCCUGUUGUGCGAUGUCAUCGGAAAGCCCGUCCAGCGGCCGGACGGAGCCGUCCAAUGGCAGAUGGAGUGUCGGAGGGGCGUGGCCGCCUGGGAAUGCCCCUUGCUGUUGGUGGACAUGUGGCGGCCGAAAGACGGUUUCGAGCGACGUUUCGAGAUCCAGAGACGGGACGACUACGAAAGGGAGGAGCGAGAGCGAGAGAAGGAGAGGGAGAGGGAUGGAGAGAACUAUCAGGGGGUGCGAUGGAGGCGUAACCGCAUGGCCUCCGGGGGCGGGCCCGAAGGGGAACGAGGUCAUCGGGGGCGAAACACAGAACUGAGGAGGAGCAUCAGCGACAUGAACCUGAGUCUAAGACGUCGCCAAGGAAACCACGCCGGCAACGACCCUCGUCGGGGCGGCAACGCCCCCAACAACGGAGGGCCCCAAGACAGGAAGAACAUCGUGAGCAUGAUAGCCACAGACCAUGGAGAGGUCAUGGGGUCAAAAGUCAGCGGCGAAACAGACAGGCGCACCAGGGGAGGUGGGGAGGAGAAGGACAUGUCAGCCUGUGACCUGGAAGUGAUGUCACAGAGCCUCAUCCUCCCACCUACGGACUGCCCGUACUUCCUGUUGCUGCAGGGCUACGACCAGAGCAAGGACUUUGUUUUGUACAUCAUGGCCGGACACACGCACGUUUUCGGCCGGAAGCCGACCUUUCGUGAACGGGAGAAGGACAGAGAGAGGGAGAGGAAAGGGAAGAGGCCCCUGAAAGUGGACGCUUUCCUCUCGGGCCCAGACCUCCUCGUUCGUCACCUCCUGGUCAGGAGAGAUUCCGCUGUUCCCGACCAACCUCGCGGUCAAGCUCUAGUGCGCCCCUUUAGGGGUGGAGCCGUCACCCAUAACGGCACCCCCCUGUACAGGGAGGCUGUGCUAAAACCUGGUGACCUUUUAGGCCUUGGGGCUCACUUCCUCUUCCUGUACCGUGACCCUCGUGUGACCCCUACCCCUCCCCCGGCCCUGUCGCUGCCGUGGCAGGCCGACACAUCCACUUCCUGUGGCUCUGGAGCGAUGGCGGACCGACAAGAGGCUCUGAGACAGUAUCUGGGCUCUACAGAGGCACUGCUGAAAUUUCAACCAAGACACGCUGAUGUCCUACUACAGGAAAUCAUAUCAAAGAACUCAACUCCGGAUUCUGGGGGUGGAGCCUUGGCGCCUGCCUAUCUCCUGUCCUUGAUGAUUGAUUAUGCCUCCAAACACCUGGACCCUGCCCUCACACCUCAACUGCUGUUAAAGUCGGCCAAUCACAUCAAGGCGAUUGUGUGGGAAAACAUUAAAGAAUUUGGUGACAAACACCCCACACAAAAUUCGACAGACGCCGAGGGUGAAGUUACAAUGCCUAGCGUGCAGAAGCUCUCUGCCGACCUUCGACCCCUCAUGUUCUGGAUGUCGAACGCCACCGAGCUCCUCAACUUCUUCCAGGUCAAAGUUGAAGCCAUGGAAAAAGAGUGGGAGUUUGAAGCGCCCGGAGACCCUGUGCUCUCAGCCGACAUGGACACUUGCUCCGAGGCCCUGGCACAGCUUGAUGAUGUCAUCAUGCACACCUUCCAGCAGUGUGUAUAUCACCUGACUAAGACACUGUAUUCUCUCCUUCCCGCUCUUCUCGACACUAACCCCUUCUCGAACGAGGUCAAGAAGAAGAAAGAGAAAACGCAGGAGAAAGGAGAGGGCGAGAGAGAGACAGGAGAGGAGGAGGAGGAGGAGGAGGAGGAGGAUGACGUGUCCACUCUUCCUCCCACCGUGGCGGGUUUGGUCGAAGUUUAUCGCUGCUCCUUGCAGCUGUCCCGCGACGCCUGCCUGUCCCCUCCUCUCACGUCUCAAACCUUCAGCUACCUCUUUUUUUUCACCAACACUUCGCUUCUGAACACCCUUCUGGAGAGAGAUGCUUUGUUCUGCUGGUCCCGGGCGGUUCAGAUCCGUACUAACCUGGACUUGGUUCUGGACUGGUUACAAGGAGCUGGGCUCGGUGACAUAGCCUCAGAAUUCCUGAAGAAGCUGUCAGUCACAGUCAACUUCCUGUGCAUCCCCAAGACCCGCCUCAUUCAGUCAUCCUGGUCAAGCCUACAAGAGGACCACCCCCUGUUAAGCCCCGCCCAGCUCCAUCACCUUCUGACCCAUUACAAGCUGGGACCAGCCAGAGCCCCGCCCUCUUCUUGGGCCCCACCCCCUGGUACAGAACUAGGUGGAGAUAUUUUUGAGAGCUUCCUGGACCACCCACCUUUAAUCCUACCCAAUGAGACGCCUCGUCUGGAUCUCACUGAGCCAAUCCCUAGCCCCGAGCUCCAGAAGGAGGUCACUCGUCUGCGGACUUUCCUGUGGGGGAUGGACCAAGAUGAACUGCCAGCCAAUCAGAGGACUAGACUGUAGCUUUGAGCUGAUCCGUGCAACUUUGAUUUCGAAGACCGUCCGAACGUCAUUCGAUUGCUCUAUCAUAAACAGAUACGUUAAAAUAACAGUUACCGUCAGUGUGAUAUCAUUAUAAUGUGAAGUGUUAGCACUAAAGCACUCAGCCAGAGUAUUCCCAAGAAACAGCAACUGCUAAAAACAUUUGACUGCUCCAAAGAAAUGUCAAAUACUAAAGAUUCUCUUCUACAACUUUUGCAGCGUUGUGCAAGUCUGAGAAAUAUGCAAGAGGAGGGGAUUAUGGGAUGUGGGUAUCCAUUGCCUGGUUGCAAUAGCUAUCCUUGAUGAUAACAGACUGGCUCAGCAAAAUAUUUUUGACAGCCAGUUAUAUAUUGCCAAUCUAGAUAUCUUGUGAAGCACUGGGUGUGUGGUGCUAAUUUGUUUGGUUGAGUGUCGAGUAUACAGAACACUCUACUGCGUUCGUGUAUGAAUUAAUCAGUUAUAACACUACACAGAAGUUUAUAUCACAUACAAAAACAUACAAAAAAGUGUUAAAAACCAUGUUAACUGAUGCCAUAUUUUAAUUCAUUCGUACUACACUGUUCUACUGUAUUGUAUGUUCAUCCAUUAAUAAACUU